AUGCCGCCUAAACUUUCCAGGAGUGCCAAACAAGCCCUGAUCGUCUCACAUCUGCGGGCCACGGGGACGUGCCACACCCUGAAGGAUCUGGAGAAGAUGAUCCCGUCGGUGGCCUCAAUAAACGGGAUACAGGUGAAGGAGUACAUUCAGGAAUUGGCGGAUGAGGGACGGAUCCGGGUCGAGAAGAUCGGUAGUGGGAAUUGGUAUUGGUGUUUUGGGGGAGAGGAGAAGAAAGAGCGCGAGGAGCGGAUCCGGAGGUUACGGAGGGAGGUGGAUCGGGUCCGAGAGAAUUGGGAAGAUGCGGAGGCUAGAUUGUCUGCGCGGAAGCAGGCGAGAGUGCAGGAAGAGGCCGAAGAGGCGCAUGGGGAUGGGAAUGGGAAUGGGAAUGGUGAGGAAGAGCGCCGGAGAUUGAUGGAGCAGAAGGCUGUGCUCGAGCGGGAGACACAUCAACUGCAGGGGGAGUGGAUGGCGUUGGCGACGAGUUCGGAGGGGAAAAGCUUACCGCAGAUUAAAGAGGAGACGGAGGAGUAUCGGCGACUGGCACAUCAGUGGACGGAUAACAUCUACAUCUUGGAAGGGUAUGUGGAUAAGGUGACCGGAGGGGAUCGGGAGGUGUUGCGGAUGGUGCAGCAGGAAUGUUAUAAGGGAGAAUACGUGGAGGGGGAAGGAUUGCGUGAGCUAGAGAUGGAGAUGAAGUAG